CCACUGGCAAUCAAAAUCAAAAUACCUUUCCAAAAUUAUCACUGAUAACGGUGAGAAGUGAAAACUUCUUCCAAAUCUUGAAAAACCCCAGAAAUUCCACUCAUCAAUGGCGUCCAGUAUCCCAGCAAGCAACGCCCUUACCUUCUCUUUCCUCCAUAAACGAACCCAAUUCCUCACGCCCUCAAUAACCCACUACAAACUUCACACCCCUAACCCACUCCCUCCUCUAACCCUCCAAAAGGGCACUCCCCAUUUCUCCCUUAACCCUCUUUUUCUCUCUCCUCCCUCCACCCUAAGGGCACCCGCAACAAAGAAUUCAGAAAAUACACUAAUAAACAACGAAUUAAAUGUCACAAAUAUUGGGGAAAAACCCUUAAAAACAGUUUUGUGGGUGUUGUUUUGGACAUCCGUUUCUCUUGCUGUUUUCGCCUUCUCUAAAGAUGCCAAGGCAGCUGUUGUUUCCGUUGUUGCCAGUGAUUCUUCCAUUAAAGCUUCGAGCUUUGGUGUUAAAGUUGCGAGCUUUAUGAGGGGUUCUGGUUGGGCUGAUGAAGUGAUUGUUUUUGCUCUUGCUACUCUUCCUGUGAUUGAGCUUCGUGGGGCUAUUCCUGUUGGUUAUUGGAUGCAACUUAAACCUACUUCGCUCACUGUCUUAUCCAUUUUGGGGAACAUGGUCCCGGUUCCUUUCAUUCUACUUUACUUGAAGAAGUUUGCGAAUUUUCUUGCUGGGAAGAACCGCACAGCAUCAAGAUUUCUGGACAUGUUAUUCGAGAGAGCCAAGGAGAAGGCUGGCCCGGUGGAAGAGUUCCAAUGGCUGGGUUUGAUGUUAUUUGUUGCAGUGCCUUUUCCUGGUACUGGAGCGUGGACUGGUGCUAUCAUUGCUUCAGUGCUGGACAUGCCAUUCUGGCCUGCUAUAACAGCAAAUUUCUUCGGUGUGGUUGGUGCUGGACUUCUUGUCAAUUUGCUAGUGAACCUUGGUCUCAAGUAUGCUAUUAUAACCGGUGUUAUCCUAUUUAUUGUUUCAACAUUUAUGUGGAAUGUGCUUCGGAGUCUUAAAAAGUCUCUGAACUAAGUAACCUAACUGUUUUCAAAUUCUAUCAUCUAUGCCCACUCAUCUUUCUUGUAUGGCAUCUUUGCUGACCUUUCCUUCAACCCUACAAAAGUACAGACAGUAGCAGAUCAAUUCUUUCUCGGUUUCAUCCUACCUUGUGAAUGUUUUCUGAAAUUAUGAGAUGAUGAGAAACAAAUUGGUCUUGUUUUUGCCAUUCAACAACUAUCUUCAAAGUUGUUGUCCUUAUAACAGAUAGAGCUUCAAACUACUUUUGCAAAACGAUCCUGGAUCUUGUUCAAGAACUGUGUUUCUGAUCAGUCGAGUAAAUGUAUGUUCUGAGUUUUUCGAACAAUGUAUAGGUGAUAAUCAGUAAAUAGUUAUGUAUGUCACCUGAUGUUGUUUUUCUUCUGUGAGAGGCACAAACCAUACAAUGUGUGAUUUUCUCUUUGUGAGAUAGAUACAGCGUAUUGGACCUUGUUAUGUUGUAGUUU